UUUGGAGUCAGCUGAAGAAAGAAUAACUUAUUUGUUGUUGUUUUUUUAACACAUUUAAUAGUUUAUAAAGAUCAAUGAAGGAAUCAGACCAGAUCAAGGACCUGACCUGGGAUUUUGACCAAUCCUGGGACUCGAUCAUUAAACCGGCCGCGCGCCUUUGCCUCAACACCUUGGAUUUCUCGGAUCUCUGGGAUGAGGACGACAGCGGAGAGGACGAGGUGCUCCUUACGCCGCCGCCGAGUCAGCACCUGUCCCUGGCGCCUCCUCCACCACCACCUCCUCCUCCGCCUCUCGCGUCGCCUUUACCCUCCUCCUCUAAAGGUGCGGCCAUGAAGAGUCACACCUUGAAGCUUCACUGGAGGGAACUCCAGAACCUGGCCCCGCUCCCCAGGAUGACGCGCUUCGGGAAACAAACUAUAUGGGCCGGGCUGGAGCCGGUGCAGUUGGACACCAACCGUCUGGAGUACUUGUUUGAGUCUAAGGCCACCAGCACCAGCUUCACUGUGGUCUCUGGGCGGCAGAAGCAGUCGUCCGUCUCAGUGCUGGGCAUGAAGCGCAGCAACAUCAUAACCAUCGCCCUGAGCAGCCUGCCUCCUCCCCGCCUCCUCCCCCCGGCUAUCUACAGCAUGGACAGCAGCGUGCUGGACAGAGAGGACGUUCAGCGACUUCAAGCUCUGGUCCCGACCGAGGAAGAGCUCUGUCUGAUCAACGAAGCCAAGGCCCAGAACCCCCACUCCCCCCUGGCCCAGGCUGAACUGUGCCUGCUCACGCUGGGAGCAAUCCCCCACCUGAGCACGAGACUUCAGCUCUGGACCUUCGCUCUGGACUACGACUCCUUAGAGAAGGAAAUUGCUGAGCCUCUCUUCCACCUAAAGCUGGCCAUGGAGCAGCUGGCAGCCAGCCAGACCUUCAGGUGUAUCCUAGCGACCGUGUUGGCCAUCGGGAACUUUCUCAACGGCUGUAAGGCGCGUGGCUUUGAGCUGAGUUACCUGGGAAAGCUGUCUCAGGUGAGGGACACGCACACUCGCCAGCCUCUGCUGCACCACGUCUGCGUGCUCCUGCUGCAGCUCUACCCACAAUCCUCUGACCUCUACUCUGACAUCACCGCCGUCACUAAAGCUGGCAAGUGUGACUACGCUCAGGUCCAGACCAACUUCGCACAGCUGGAGGCCAAGUGCAAAGCAUCAUGGGAGCAGCUGAAGGUCCUGGAGAAGGCGGAGGAAAAGAGGAAAGGAGGAAAAGGGGAAAAGCGGAAAGGGAAAGAUGACCUGGAGUUGUUUGCUCCGGAGGGCUCGCUCCGGCACAGGCUGCCCAAGAUCCUGAAGGAGAACGAAGAGAGGCUGAAGGUCCUGAGAGCCGUCCAUCGGCGGGUUAUUAACAGGUUCCACUCGUUCCUCCUCUUCCUGGGCUACUCGCGGGCCAUGGUGCGAGACACCAGAGCGGAGGACUUCUGCAGAACCAUCAGCAACUUCUCGCUGGAGUACCGGUCCAUGAGACAGGCCGUCCUCCUGCAGAGGGAGCGUGAGCGGAAGAAGAAUGGAGCUGAAAGCCCCGGCCCCGGCACACCCGCAGGCAGGAGGAAGUGUCAGCAAACUCCGGCAUCACAGGAAAGUGAUGAGCAAUGUCGGCUGGAGGAGGUGCUGAGAACGCCUGAAUUUAUUACAACAAAGGAUGGAACUUUACCCAAAAACCGCAGAAGGAUUGCUGACUUUCAAGGUUCAUUUUCGAGAAAAUUUAAGUGGUGACAUUGCUGAUGUUCCCUGGAGAAUGUUUUUUUUUAAGAUGUUGCCGUCACACUGGCACAUCAGACGUAGAGCAACACCACAGUUUGCUGUGAAGUUCUGUUGUUCUCACACAUUUCACUCAACAGCCAGCACAUUUUGGUGGAACACACUUGAAACUUCCAGUUCCUGUUGUUUCAAAACAGCUAGUUUUUUUUUUUUUGUUGUUGUUUUUUUUAAACAGACACUUAUUAAGAGAUUGAUGCUAUUAGUUUUGCUUUUAGUUUGGAUCAGAUUUUUAUUUUCAGGCUAAAGCAGCAGUUAAAAUGAGAUGUUUACAUAGACAGUAUUAAAGGACACGUUGUUUCACUAUCUGACACUGCAUCCGGGCAAA